AUGCGCUUCCGUUCGAUUUUAUGGGCGACAGCUGCUCUGGGCAUCAGCGCAGCACCUGAUGCCACGGCUCAGACCGGUGUCACGGGCGACGCGUUGGAGGGCUACGCAUUCCUAUACUUCACGGGCAGCGAUGAACAAAUCUACCUCGCGGCCAGCAACGGCAACGACGCCCUCUCCUUCACGGAGCUCAACAAGGGCAAGGCGAUCCUCAGGUCGACGCAGGGCGACAAGGGGCUGCGCGACCCGUUUGUGAUGCGCUCGCACGACGGGUCCAAGUUCUACAUCCUGGCGACGGACCUCUGCAUCGGCUGCGGCACCAGCUGGGGCGACGCGCAGGCGCGCGGGAGCCGGCACAUGGAGAUCUGGGAGUCGCGGGACCUCGUGACCUUCUCCAGCCAGCGCCACGUGCUCGUGUCGCCCGAGACGUACGGAAACACGUGGGCGCCCGAGGCCUACUGGGACGCGGACCUGGCCACGUACGUCGUGUACUGGGCGUCGGGCAUAUACGACGACCCCGAGGGCAACCCGGACCGGGCGCAGCUCACGUACCAGCGCAUGGUGUACGCGACCACCGACGACUUUGUGACGUUUUCCGCCCCGCGCGUCUGGCAGGACGAGCCGCCGCACGGCCGCAUCGACAGCACCGUCGUCCGCGCCGACGACGGCACCUACCACCGCUUCACCAAGGCCACCACCGCCGACGGCUGCGCCGACAUCGUGCAGGAGAGCAGCCGGAACCUGACCGCGCCGCUGGCCGACUGGGCGCGCGGCCCCACCUGCAUCGGCACCAGGGCCGGCACCAAGGCCGUCGAGGGCCCCUGCAUCUUCAGGACGAACCCGGGUGACGUCAGGGGUGGCAAUCGGUACGUCCUGUUGGUCGACGAGUUUGGCGGCGACGGCUACGUGCCCCUCGAGUCCAACCAUCUGGCCUCGGGCAGCUGGACGCUCAACAAAAACUUUACGUACCCCAAGACCCCGCGCCACGGCACCAUCAUCCCGCUGACCGCCAAGGAGUUGGAGGGCAUCAGGAAGGCUUAUGGGGCAUGA